AUGUUGUACCGUCAAUUUGCGAGAUUCUUUUUGGAUGGAAGCGUGUGCGAUUCGUUAGCGGAAUAUGCCGAUAAACUUCUCUCACCUCCUACAGCAAUGAUCAAGUCAUGGGCGAAACUGCAACGAAGAACCGAAACGCUUUUGAAUGCUCUUAUUGAAUACGAGGUAAGAGAAGUCGUGCUUAUCUUGCAGUUGCAUUUAGUUCAGUUGCAUUUCAUUUCAAUGCUACACGCUGAUUUCGACGUAAUUAUUGAAUAG